CUUAGGCGAGCCACGGUCACUGUUGUUGAAGGAAGUAGAGUGGAGGAGAGAGGGUCUUUUCACAAGUAUGAGGCAGAAAGAUGUAUUUAUGGAGGGUAUAGGAGGGCCCCUAUAUCAAUUCUGUCAUUUAUAAGGAUAUUUGCCAGGAAUGGACUUUUACCUGGAGAUCAAUUAAUCAAAGUUGAUGGCAAAAGUGUGGAUGCUAUGUCCCGAGAUGAACUGCACAACGCUGUCCGGAGUGCAGGAGAUCAAAUAGUUCUGGAGGUGAAGUCUGUUCCCGAGUUGGCGGAAUUCUGCGAUCGAAAGCACCGCCAAAGUGGUGGAAGAGCAGACGAUGAUCAGUUAAUGCUUGGUCAUAUCAACACGAAUCUCUACGAGGACAUCCCUGAGGAGCAGCGAUACUGGCUUGUUCACAAAGGCGGUUAUACGGUUGUACGGCUCCUCGAGCUUCUCCCUGAUGGCCGAGCCCUCAUCCGAGUAGCUGGUCGUGAGAUGACUGUUGAUUCCACCGAUAUCGACAGAAUGAAUCCAACUCAUCUUGAUCGAGUAGGCGAUGUAGCAGCGCUUUGUUAUCUGAAUGAGACGAGUGCUGUACACCUACUGCGGCAGCGAUUUGGAUGCAACCUGUCGUACACGAAUGCUGGCCUUAUUAGUCUUGUUUGCCUCACGUCAGUUGAAGAAGGUGCAGUUGGUCAAGAUCGUCUUGUUUCGCUAUUCAAAGGAUGUCGUCGUGGACAAAUGCCCGCCCAUAUUUAUGCUACUGCGCAACAGGUAUAUAGGAAUCUCCAAAUGACGGGUCAUAAUCAAUGCAUUGUGCUGACGGGCAAUAGUGGUAGCGGCAAGACCACACAACUUCGCAACUUUGUACAUUAUCUUGCUGAAGAAGUCUGGAUGGACAAGGAGUUUGCCAUAAGCUUCAAUACUGAUGAGAAAUUGGCAUUGGCAUUGGGCGUUGUAGAAGCUUUCGGGCACGCAGCGUCGACUAUUCACCGUGACUCCACCCGUUUUCUUCACUUAUUUUCACUUGGUUUUGAUAAAGCUGCAGCUCUGAGGUCAGCUCGAUUGCAAGUGUCGUUGUUAGAAGCCGAUCGCGUAGUAAGAAGACGAAGUGGUGAAGCUUCUUUCCACGUUUUCUAUUAUCUGUGGGAAGGCGCGGAGGGAGCACUUAGGGAAAGACUUCAACUAGAUUCAAUCGAACAACCUGCCAUAACGCCGUACUACAAAGAAGAGGAUCGGCAAAGUGCCAAGGAGGCAUGGAACCGUCUACUACAUGCUCUGACGGACUUGGGUUUCUCAGAAAGUCAAAUUUCUGCGGUUUCUUCUGUUCUCGGUGCGAUUUUGCACAUCCAAGCUGCUGGCUGUACACCGGGCAGUGCCCAGCGUGCUCAUUUUCUUCGAGUGGUCCACGCUCAGCAUGCUGCGGCUCUCUUGGGCGUAUCGACGGAAGAUCUUGGCAAUGCAUUAUUCCGAGGCAAAACUUCUAACAACAAUGUUGCUGCUAAGGUCACCGCAGCAAGUCGCAUGGCCCUCACGUCUCGUGGACCGGAUGCUCCUGAAGCUCUGGUAUCGUUUUGCGCUGGUCUUUAUCAGGAACUCUUCUAUACGAUCAUCGAAUUCAUCAACAAGGCUCUUAUGUCCAAUGCAGCAUGCACAUGGAUUUCGGUUCUUGAUUACACUGGUUCAUCAUUCCAUGCAGAAUGGACUGAAAUGAACGGGCAACGAUUCCUUGGCCUCAAUGAUCUCGUUCAUAAUUAUAUUAAUGAACGCGUUGCUGAACUUUUCUACAAUGUCUGCUUUGUGGAGGCACAAGAGGUAUGGCAUUCCGCUUUCAACAUUGAAGGCACACUUCGCAGUUGA